AUGCCGGCAAGCAGCGCACGGGAGCUCAGCGGCGAAGGGGCCGGCGAAGGGGACCGCCUGGCGUCGGUGUUUGGCACCCUGAAGAUCGGUGGGCCGGCUGGCUCCGCGCCGAUCGCUGUCAGCCCCGGCCCGGCCCCCACCCGGGCUUCGGCACCCCUGGCCCUGGCCAAGCGCUCGCUCGCCGUGGCGCCGCCCGCAUCCCUGCCGCCGAUCCUCCCCGAGCACAAGGAGCUCAACCUGCUGCUGUCCGUGGAGAGGCCCGUCCCCGGCGGCGGGCGGCGCUACGUGACCGAGUCAUGCCACGCCCUCCCGCGCGAGACGAUCCACACGCUGCGCCUGCGGCUGAAGAACCGGGGGCUGUUCUCCGGGCGGCACUACCUUGUCUUCGGCAGCCGCAAGCUGCUGGAGCACGAGACAGUGGGCGACGUGGCUGCCCAAUCGGCCGACUCGGACUACCUGCAUGUCUUUGCAAAGGUGUCGGAUGUCGCGACGCUGGAGGUGGCCACGGCCAAGGGGACGAUGGUGCUGGACAACGGGGCGGAGGAGGUUGGCAGGGCCAGGCACGGAUCGUUGUCCCGCGCCCUGCAGGAUGGGCGCGAGCCCGGGGACAGCCUACGGCUGCGCGGCCGGGUCGUAGGGUAUGAUGACGAUGUGGAGGAGGUGAUGGACAGCACCGUGAUCCACCUGCUGAUCCGCAAGAGCGCCAAGCUGGCUUGGCAGCAUGUCAAGGACGACUGGUUCGAGCUGUCCAUCAGCGCCACAGACACCGUGGCGGCUAUGCAGACCAAGAUCGAGGCCGUGUCGUCCAUUAGGGCGGAUCGCUACAGGUUCCUGAGCGGGGGGGAGGUGCUGCCGCCCAGUGUGCCGCUGGCCAGCGUGGGGAUUGGCAAAGGCAGUGUGGUGGAACUGGUCCCAUUUGAGAUGACGCGGGUGCGGGCGUUCCCGGACGGAUCCCCGCGCCUGUCCCACCCGGACCACAAGUUGUUCCAGCACUGGCAGGCUGCGAAGGACGCGCUGGCCAAGGGCGUGGCGCCGAAGCUGGCCCCGGCAGGAACGGGGGGGUCGUACUUCAUCUUCGCUAACGACGGCACCAAGGUGGCCGUGCUGAAGCCCAAAGAUGAGGAGCCCAAUGGCCCCAACAACCCCAAGGGCUUUGCGGGGUCCCCGGAUGGGGGCGGCCUGAGGAAGGGCGUGCGGCCCGGCGAGGGGGCCGUGAGGGAGGUGAUGGCCUACGUCCUGGACCAUGGCAACUUCUCUGGGGUGCCCCCAACGGCGAUGGUCACACUCAAGGUGGGCGGCGAGAAGAAGGUGUGCAGCUUCCAGCAGUUCAUUCCCCACGAAUCCGACUGCGAGGACAUGGGCCCUGCCGCAUUCCCACCGCACCAGGUGCACAAGAUAGCCAUCCUGGACGUGCGCCUGGCAAACACGGACCGCAACGGUGGCAACAUCCUGGCUUGGCGGAGCCCCCAGGAUGGCGGGUGGUGGCUCACGCCCAUCGACCAUGGCUACUGCAUGCCCUCCACCUUUGAGGACCUCAACUUCGAAUGGCUGUACUGGCCCCAGGCCAAAAUGCCUCUGGGACCGGAGGCCCGGGCGUACAUCGAUGAGCUCGACGCCGACCGUGACCUCACCAUGCUUGCAGAGCAGGGCCUAGCCCUGAGGCGGGAGUGCGAGCGCGUGUACAAGGUUUGCACCCUCCUGCUGAAGAAGUGCGUGGCCAGGGGGCUGAGCCUGUACCAGAUCGGCACCAUCAUGACGCGUGCCACCUCGCAGAAGUCGGACCUCGAGAAGAUGAACAAGCGGGCGACACAGCUGGCGGUUCAGGAGGAGUAUGGGGACGAGGCAGCUGGGGUGCGGGCAGCCUGGGUGUGCAGCGAUGCGGCUUACAUCAAACACAUGGCCUCGCUAGUGGAUCAGUACCUGGAUGACAGCGCCCCGACCAAGGGAGACGCAGGCCACGAUGACGUCUUUGGCUAG